AGGGGGAGGUGUGAAAGCCCGGGGAUGGGAGUGGAGGUCUUCAGAAGUAGAGCAGCUCCAGUUUGAUUGGAGGAAGUAAUACAUCAACAAAGAAAGAUGGCCGAAGUCAUAGAGCUGCAGAAGCUGAAGCUUGCUGAAUUGAGGCAGGAGUGUGAGGCCAGAGGCCUGGACACCAAGGGAAAUAAGGGGGAGCUCAUUGCCCGACUGCAGGCUUAUCUGGAGGAGCACGAGGAAGAUGUGGAUGUGGAUGAUGUGCUGGCAGAAGAUGCAGAGGACUUUGCUAAAGUUGAGAGUGCCAACAAUGUAAAAGUCAACCAAGAGUCUAAAACGCCUACAACAGAGGAACCUCCAAAGACGGUGGUGAAAAUUAAUCCUCCAUCAUCUGCCAGUGAAAGGCUACAGAAGAGAGCUGAACGUUUCAACCUUCCUGCUUCAGCUGAAAGUAAGAAGGCCGUCCGUGCAGCAAGGUUUGGUAUGCCUGCUGAUGCUUCAAGUCCCUCUCCAGGUGUUGUUGUGAACAGCAAAGCUGCUGUUAAUGUCGAACAGCUGAAGAAGAGAGCAGAGCGAUUUGGCGUGAGCGUGUCAUCUAUUUCACAAAAGCUUGAAGAGGAUGAAAAGCUAAAAAAGAGGAAGGAGAGGUUUGGAAUCUUAACAAGUUCAGCUUCAGGUGGUGGAGAUGAUAUCGAGGCCAAGAAAAUGAAGCGUGCAGAAAGAUUUGGAAAAGUGUAAAUAAUGUUUGGUCCAAUGGUUUUUUUUUUCGUAAGGGGUUUUCAUGACAGUAAACCGUGACUCCCAAUGACAACAAUUGUUACUAAUAGGAUUUCUUAUUCAUCAAAAGUACACCUAAAUACAGUCACAAAUAGGUGAGUUAGAUCAGAUUGUGAGUUAUUUACUGAAGUCAGUGGUUGAUUCUUAAGAAAACAUUAAUAGAUUACUAUUUUUUUUGUGUAGUAAUUAGGGGACUCUGUUUUUUUCUGAUCUUAUUGUUUAUUUAGCAUUUUUAUCUAAUUUGCUGCAUUUACCAGAGAGGCUAAUUUGGAAUCUGGGACUACUUUUAGCUGUACUGUAUUAACUGUGUAAUGUCUUUACUGUGAAGCAGAUGCAGAAAAUGUUGGGUUAAAUUUAAGUCAUAUUCACCUAUGGCUGAUAUUUUUUCCUUAAAAUUAGGUCUAGUUUUGGAUGUGAUUUUGCUUUUUGGUAUUUUGAUUCGAUCACUGGAUUAGUGUGAGUAGACUGAGUGACUAGACUCUUACUUGAUGCAUAACUGUAAGCAAUAAAACACAAUAGAAAAUGUAAAGAGUUGGGUAACAAAAAACUGUCUGGAGUAUAAAGAAGUUGUCGGUGUAUAAAAAGUGUAAAAAAAAAAAAAAAUCUUGCUAAUGAACAUAACUCACCUAUUUGUGUGCUCUAUUGUACAUUUGAUUUAUCAGAUAACCUGUUUUCUUUUGGAGAAUCCACUGGUAAACUGCUUCAGUUAUCUGACAUGUUAUCUGUCCAGUUUUAUAACGUGAUUUAAAAUAAAUUGUUUUCAACUUUUUAAUA